AUGAGCCAAACAUUCAUUGGGGCUGGUUUAGCCACCUUGGUGUUUCUUCAAUGCAGCUCAGCUCUCAAACUGGUUUGCUACUUCACCAACUGGGCUCAGUACAGGCCAGAGACAGGGCGAUUCCUUCCCCAUAACAUCGACCCCAACCUGUGUACUCAUCUCAUUUAUGCAUUUGCGGGAAUGAAUGACAACCAGAUCGCAACAGUGGAAUGGAAUGACGAGAAGCUAUACCAGGACUUCAAUGCAUUCAAACAGAGGAAUCCAAGACUGAAGACGCUUUUAGCCAUUGGCGGAUGGAACUUUGGUUCUGCAAAAUUCUCAGCCAUGGUGGCUACUCCUGCCAAUCGACAAACAUUUAUUCACUCUGUGGUUUCAUUCCUGCGAAAGUAUGGUUUCGAUGGCCUAGACCUAGAUUGGGAGUACCCUGCAGACAGAGGCAGCCCUGUAGAAGAUAAACAACACUUCACUUCUUUGGUUCAGGAAUUGGCUGAAGAAUUUCAGGCAGAAGCCCAGCGGACAAGAAGGGAAAAGCUGCUGCUGACUGCUGCUGUGGCCGCUGGGAAGGCAACCAGUGACAAAGCCUAUGAAAUUUCCAAACUCUCACAGUGUCUGGAUUUCAUUAACCUCAUGACAUAUGAUUUUCAUGGAUCCUGGGAAAAGGUCACAGGCCAUGUCAGCCCUCUAUACCCUGACACUGAUGCUGCUGUACAAUAUUGGAAGAGCAAGGGCGCACCAGCUGAAAAGAUUGUCCUGGGAAUACCCCUCUAUGGGAGAACCUUCACCCUUUCUUCCUCACAGACCGGACCCAACGCACCAGCCUCAGGGCCUGGAACACCUGGUACUUUCACACGAGAGGCUGGAUUCAUGGCUUAUUAUGAGGUCUGUACUUUUAAACAAGGCGCCACCACAGAAGUGAUUACGGAGCAGAAGGUCCCAUAUUCCUUCAAGGGAAACCAGUGGGUAGGGUACGAUGAUGUGGACAGCAUCAAAACUAAGGUCAAAUACUUGAAGCAGAAUAACCUUGCAGGUGGCAUGGUUUGGGCCAUGGAUCUGGAUGACUUUAGCGGCUCUUUUUGCAACCAAGGAGCAUACCCACUUCUGCAAACUCUGAAGAGAGAGCUGGGUUCCGAAGACCAGGAGCCAAAUGCUGAACCACCCACACAAGAUGAAUCUCUAAGACCUGAACCACCCACACAAGAUGAAUCUCUAAGACCUGAACCACCCACACAAGAUGAAUCUCUAAGACCUGGUCCAGAUACAGCAAAUCCAUUUUGUCUUGACAAAGCAGAUGGAACCUAUGCUAAUGUACAAGAUCCUAGGAAAUUCUACCACUGUGCUCACAGCACUACCUUCAUCAAGGAUUGUCCAGCAAAGCUAAUUUUUAAAGAUGAAUGCAAAUGCUGUGAUUGGCCUUAGUGAAGUGCUUCCAAUAAGUAUAGAUCCAAUAGUGGCUACAUUCCUUUAUAAUCACAGGCAAC